AGUUAACUAUUAAACAGAAAACGGAGAGACGCUGAUGUCUGAUUUAUUUUCAUCCUAUGAAAGCGAUUUCCAACUCGCCAUUCAGGACGCUAAGUCAAAGUUAUCAUCUGUUUCAGCUGUAUCAGAAGCAGGACAAAGGAGGCUGGCUUUAAAGUCAAUAGAACACGCUACCGAUGAAUGUUUGGAGUUAUUGGAUCAAAUGAACUUGGAAGUACAGAAUCUACCAUCCAACCAAAAGUCUCAGUACAACACAAAGGUACGUCUGUACAAAACCCAGGUGAAUGAGUGUAAAACCAAGUUAAAACAAUUAUUAGACGACCAGGAUAAGUACGAAUUGUUUGGAAACAGGUAUACUGAUUCAGGCGAUGGGGACGACAUACACGAUGACCAAAGAAAGCUGUUAUUGUCGAACAAUGCGUCGUUGGAAAGAAGUAGUGAACGGUUAAGAGACAGUCAGAGAAUUGCCCUUGAGACCGAGUCCAUUGGAGGAAAUAUCUUGAACGAUUUGAGGGCCCAAAGGGAGCAAAUCAGUGGAGCCAGAAACACAUUGUUGACGGCCGAGGGGUAUGUUGAUAAGUCCAUUCAAACUUUGAAGUCCAUGAGUAGACGAUUGACUGCAAAUAAAUUCAUCAGUUAUGCUAUUAUUGCCGUAUUAAUCAUCUUGAUUUUCUUGGUUCUUGCCAGCAAAUUCUGGUAAACCGCUCUACGUCAAAUCUCGCCCAAGCUUAUGAAAUAGUUUUAUAAUGAAUAUAAGGAAUCUGUUGUGAUAGCCGCUCACGCAAAUAGAGUCAGAACUUUUAGCAUUUUUUUUGGUGACAACCGAAUUGCGGACCGACUAAUCACAUUAUUUUAAUUAUUCAUCUCAAAGCAUCGCUCUUUUUAUUCACGGUUAACUCACCACCGAUGUUGAGAUUGAAGCAUACUGUGUCCUCCGGUCUAUUGCCGAUAUUUAGGCUUCGCAUGGAUAUUGCCAGAGCUGGUUUAUCCCAUAAUUACUGGACAUCUGUUGGCCACGGUUCAAGCUCUUCCAUCAGAGGCUUCCAUACUUCGAUACCCAAAUUACAUGGACAUGUCCACAAAGCUAAACCCGGUGAAGAGUUACAUGUUACUUUCAUAACAAAGGACGGGAAGCAGAUCGAGGUUGAAGCGGCGGCUGGUGAUAACCUAAUGGAUAUCGCCCAGGCCCAUGGAUUAGACGUUGAAGGUGCUUGUGGAGGUUCUUGUGCUUGUUCCACCUGUCAUAUGAUUGUUGAUCCCGAAUUCUACGAUGAUAUUCCGGAACCUAGUGAUGACGAAAACGAUAUGUUGGAUUUGGCCUUCGGAUUAACAGAGACGUCAAGAUUGGGUUGUCAAAUUCAUAUGACUCCAGAGUUGGACGGCGUCCGAAUCGCCUUACCGGCGAUGACCCGUAAUUUGCAAAUCAAGGACUUCAACUGAGAUGUUCUACCUCAGUGGGACUUCUCUACAAAAUAUUAUGAACUAUGUUCAUUCCUAAUUUUUGUCAUAAUAAUGAGGGCCCUGGAAAAUCGGACGUCUAAACACGAAAUGGUGUCAAAAUUGGUAUGGUUACAGCUGUCAGAAGAGCUUCGUUCAGUGCUACAUGUGACAUCAUUCACCCCCUUACAGUGUAUAUAUACUUGUAAAUAAGUGAUCUAAUAAAGGUCAAACUAU